UGAGGACCAAGGGGCAUUGGUCACAAAUAUCUCUCUAGAUCAGCUACUGGGGGGGAAAAAAUAAACUCUUCUGAAUUAUUAAAGAUUAAGCCCUACUUAUCACAAUGCACUGCCUGAAGAGUCUGAGGACAGCUAACCCGGGAAUCUUGCAGCUAUUUAAAAAUGCAGGGAUCUCCGCCAGAGUUGGAGCUGAAAACAUUGUUUGGUCGAGGACGCAGCAACCUGUUCAUCUCCCCUGCUGGGCUGCAGCAUCACAGCACACCCACAGAGCCUUUCACGAACAAAAGCCCCCUGAUGUGGACCAAGAGCACCCCAAAAGUAGGUUGAUGUCCAGCAUGGAGGACCUACUUUUCUACACCAUCACUGAAGGCAAGGAGAUGAUCCCCCUGUCUCAGUUCAUCUCUGCUUUGAGAAAAACUGGUUUGUUAACAUCUGACCCUCGGCUGCGUGACUGUGUCCGUCAGAUGCGACAAUCCUCACUUGACUCUAUAGGGCCUGUCAUGAUGGACAAGAAGCUCUUCAGAAGAUGUGUGGGCAACAACAUCAUGCUGCUGACUAAGGCUUUCAGAAAAAAGUUCAUCAUCCCGAACUUUGAAGAGUUCACCAUGCACGUUGACAGGAUGUAUGAGGCUGCACAACAGCAGGAGGCAGGACAAGUAGCUGAUUACAUUCCUCAGCUGGCUAAGUUCAGUCCUGAUCUCUGGGGUGUAUCUCUGUGCACAAUCGACGGACAGAGACACUCUGUUGGUGACACCAAGGUUCCCUUUUGUCUGCAGUCGUGUGUGAAACCUCUGGAGUAUGCCAUCGCUGUGCACGAGUUCGGCGGUGACAAUGUUCACCACUUUGUGGGCAAAGAGCCCAGUGGAUUCAAGUUCAACAAGCUGUCACUCAAUGAGGAUGAUAAACCACACAACCCGAUGGUGAAUGCCGGAGCUAUCGUCAUCAGUUCUUUAAUUAAGCCACAUUCAAAUAAGGCCGAAAGGUUCGACUAUGUGAUGGAGUUCCUGAAAAGUUUGGCUGGUACAGAGUUUGUGGGCUUUAGCAACGCAACUUUCCAGUCCGAGAGGGAGACCGGUGAUAGGAAUUAUGCAAUCGGUUAUUACCUCAAAGAGAAAAAAUGCUUUCCCGAGAAUGCAGAUAUGACAGCAGCUCUUGACUUCUACUUUCAGCUGUGCUCCAUUGAGGUGACCUGUGAGUCAGGAAGUGUCAUGGCUGCCACACUGGCCAACGGGGGCAUUUGUCCAAUCACAGGCGAGCGUGUGCUGAGUGCUGAAGCCGUUCGUAACACCCUGAGCCUCAUGCAUUCUUGUGGCAUGUAUGACUUCUCUGGACAGUUUGCCUUCCAUGUGGGCUUGCCUGCUAAAUCUGGCGUUUCAGGUGCUGUUCUGCUGGUUGUACCCAACGUCAUGGGCAUGAUGUGUUGGUCCCCACCUUUGGAUCGGCUUGGAAACAGUGUUCGUGGCAUUCACUUCUGUCAGGAGCUGGUGUCUCACUUCAACUUCCACAAUUAUGACAAUCUGAGACACUUUACCAAGAAACAUGACCCCAGGAGAAGAUCAGAUGAAGAUCCAAACAAGUCCGUGGUAAACCUGAUGUUUGCAGCCUUCAGCGGUGACGUCUCCGCUCUGAGGAGGUUUGCUCUUUCAGCUGUGAACAUGGAGCAGAGAGACUACGACUCUCGCACGGCACUCCACAUUGCUGCUGCAGAAGGUCAUGUGGAAGCUAUUGUCUUCCUAACUGAAGUAUGUAAAGUGAAUCCCUACAUGAAAGACAGAUGGGGGAACACACCUCUAGAUGACGCCAUGCAGUUUGGCCAUGAUGUCGUUGUCUCAGUCCUGCAAGAGUACCAGCGUGUCUACACUGAGAGCGAGGCACCAUGUGACACAGAGGAGCAGAAGACCCCACUAGACACGUUAAAGAGCAUCAUCUAAACCAUAAGGGAUCAGAGGGUUUGUAAUGGAAAUAUAUCUGUUUUAUUAUGAGAGGACUGAAAGGACACAGUCUGAUGGAGAGACCUGAUGAAUAAAUGUCUUUAAUAUGAUAAUAGAGGUUAUAUAUUUAGACUGUUGAAAAACUUUGAAGUCCAGGAUUAAAGGGACAGUUCACCCAAGGAAGUGUGCAUCUACUUAUGGAUGUGACAACAUGAGAUGUAAACAUCAAUGGCGUCCUCCUCGGGUGAGCUGUAACGUUACCUAGCUCCGUGGUGCUAGGUGAGCUAGCAGUAGAUGCACGCUUCCUUCUGCGUGGUGAUACAGUUUCUGGGUGUAGUUCAGAAGAAAGAAAAUAGUUCCUACAUGAAAACUCUAUACAACGAGGUUGUGAUUUCUGGACAAAGACAUUGCUGUUGAGUUUUUUAAAUGUAUUUUUUGGCGCUUUGAGCACCACAAGCCAAGUGCCAUCUAGUUUCAUUGUAUCUGAGAGGCAGACAUCUCUACAGCCGAUAUCUCCAACACUCUGAAAUUCACACCCAAAUUAUCUAUAUCAGGGAUCAGCAACUUUUACAAUCAAAAGAGCCAUUUAAAAAAAAUUUAAAAAUCUGUCUGGAGCCACAAAACAUGUUUGUGCCUUGAUAAUGAUGGCAACGCAGCCUGUUUAAUCUAAAUUAGCCUUUAAACAUUCCUAAUAUGUUUUACAACAAAAUAGCUACUCUGCAGUGGGUUAAUUAUAAUUAUUUGGUACUUUAACUUGACAGCGUUUGUAGUGAAAACAAACGAAUCUGUCCACUCACUAUGAAAUUUUCUAUUUUCCUUUGGGACGUUUUCUUUUUUGGAUUUGGAAACAAUAGCUAGCCUCACUAAGGAGACUCAAGCUCAGUCAUCACUAUUGAGAUUGAGCAAAUUCUAGGAAAAAGCUCCAGGCAUAAUUGAUGAGAUGUUAAAACAUUUUUUAUACAGUGUAUAGGCCACUCAUUAAUACAUUUGGAAAAUGUAAGAAUCACUUUACGGCUACAGUAAUCAUGAAUGAAAAUUAAAAUGUUAAGAAAUAACUGUUAUUCAUUUCCAUAUAUUCCAUAUUCCAUAUAAAUCCUGAGCCGCAGGUUGCCUACCCCUGAUCUAGACUGAUAAAUAGCACUACAGGUAAGAGGAAAAGUAUGUAUAUUUGAUUUAGGGGUGAACUGUCCCUUUAGGUCCUUUAUUUUGCAGGCUGGAGGAAUCAUUUAACAAUGUAAAGUAUCAACAAAGCCCGGUAUAAUCAGGGAAAAAAAUGACAUUAAUGUAAGCCAUGAUUUAGCUCGUUUUGCAAUAUUAAUGAACUGUUUUUGUGCUCUGCUUCUGAUAGAAAAUGCCACUGUGAUGUAAAUAUCUAAUAUACUGUGCUUAUUUAUUGUUAAUAUAUUGAAAUAUAUUUUGCCUUAUCAGUAUGCUGUUUAAUCAGGGUUUUUUAUGCUCCCCUUGUAAUAACUGUAUAAAUAUUCCCAAAGCUGCUUCAUUAAUUAUUCUCAGUCAAUGGGAGGUGAUUCAGUUGCAUUUGUGCCUGUAACUGUGGAAGGGCUGUUUGAUUGUACUUUAUAUCAGUUCAUUAAGGCUCAUAGGCCAGUUUAUUCACUGCUGAUAUCUUGUGUUAACAUCGUGAUUGUUUUAUUAUUGGAGGAAUGUGAACUCUUUUCAUUGGUCACUUGUAGAGAUGGGAAUUGAUAAGUAUUUAUUGAUACCAAUGCUAUUAUUGAUUCUUAUCGGUCUGACUCUUUUUCAAUUCCUUUAUUGGCUCCUGCUCAGUUUUCUGUGUGGUAAAAAGAAGGCCUACACAGGUUUAAUUGUCAGUGCAGCCAUUUAAUUAUCUCAGAGAAUGAACGCAGUGUAGAUGAAAAGAGCAUAUUUGUACAGCGUUUGUUAAAAAAAACCUGCUAAGCCUGCCUGCGCUGCACUGAUGUUACUAUAAGAGGAUAUUUACUCCAGUAGCUGCAGUGCUGCUCAGUCGGGAGGCUGUGGCACUUAUGCGUAGUGUCAAAUAAAUGGCAUCCCUGAAAUUCACUUUGGACCAUUUCUGCAUCUCUGUGAUGGCUCCUUUUUCCUUGUUUCCAGCAGCGUAGACACAGGAGUUUGAUGUCAUUGUUUUGCAAUGCGCAACUGUUAAAUAAACAUGCCGGCGCUGAUAACAGGAAUUCAUAAGAGCAGAGGUAUACAAUUCUGAUGGAUCAGACAAUUUGGAAACAGUUCUCAAUUUCAAUUCCUAUCCCUAGUCACUUGUGUAUCACAUUAGUAUCUGCAUGUCUCAGGCCCUGGGAACACUGCCUAUCUGGGUUACUCUAAUGAAAAAUGUAUAAUUCAAGUUAUGCAAAUGACAUAAUUAAAUCAAAGCUUUUGCUUGUUAGUAUGAAGUGUACUGAGAGAGUCAGACACAGCUAAGUUAACCUCCUCGACUAAGUCAUGUGAUAAAAAUGUAUUAUUUUGCAAGUCAUCUCAAAUGACUGCAUUUUAUUCAUUGUGUUUUAUUUCAUUUAACUCAGUGAAGUGAUUCCUUGACACGACUUAAGAUUAAGUCGUCACUGUAAAUAUGUAUCAUCCUGCUGUAAAUAAACGAGAAAUGUCAAAGUA